AUGGUUAAAGAUAAGGGUGUCCUCAAUGAAUCUUCUCCUUUACUCUUUAAAGGAGGCUCUUCCGAGUGCACAACUACUAUUAUCCAAUCACAUGAUUCUGUUGAAACUCCCACAAUCCCUCGGGAGGAAGAAGUCAUUAUUCCAGAUAACGUGUGGUAUAUUAUCAUAUCCCUCUGGACUAGUUCUUUCCUAUCUGCUGCGGAUACUACCAUUGUUUCCACCACAGCUAACGUAAUCGCCUCAUCGAUGAAUGGCUCCGAUAAAAUUGCCUGGAUAGCUACCAGCUACCUUCUAACAAAUGCCGUUUUUCAGCCCCUUGUUGGAAAGAUAAGCGAUGUAUACGGUCGGCGUACCACCUUGUUAGUGUCACAGGUUUGGUUUAUUCUUGGUUGCCUUUUAUGUGCGCUAUCGCGUACUGUGAACGACUUUAUAGUUGCUAGGGCUAUUGCUGGGGUGGGAGGUGGUGGAAUGUCGGCUCUAAGUUCUAUCAUCGUCACUGACGUCAUUCCUCUUCGUAAGAGAGGCUUUUUCCAAGGGUAUGCAAAUUUGGUUUACGGUACCGGCCAAUUUCUGGGUCCCAUCAUUGGAAGUAUAUUUCUUACAGCAAACGAAAAGGCUGGCUGGAGGUGGAUGUUUGGCCUCCAGGUGCCUCUUGUAUCUAUCACAAGUGUUUUGGUGUUCAAGAACGUUCAUGAGUUCCGCUUUGACGCUGAACUGUUAAUGAAAAACCGGUUCCGUUUAAGUAACAUCAAAAAGAUUGAUCUACCUGGUUCAUUGUCGCUAGCUGGGUUUAUCGUGGCCAUCUUAAUUCUUUUUUCAGCUAGCAGCACCUUCCAGGUGGAGGCUGCUGUUCUCUGUGCUGUUCUCAGCGCCAUUUCUUUCUAUUUGGUUGAGAAUUACGUUGUGGAGGAGCGUAUCAUUCCGCCCAGAGCAUUUCAAGGUCUACUAAGAAUUGCAGCUUUGAUCGCGUUCUUUGGAACCAUGGCCAUGUACUCGUUGAACUUUGUACUCCCCCUUUACGUUCAGAUUAUUCAGGACUUCAGUUCAUUCCAAUUGGGUGUAUUUAAUGCUUUUGGUGUCUUUUCUUCUGCGGCUGGCUCUCUGAUAGCCGGUUGGAUACUUAAGGAGAAGGAGAAAGUACGUCCAGAAAUAGUGGUUAAAAAAUCUGUUAAUAUCUCCAUAGGUAGCUGCUUACUCUCGUUUGCAGGUGCUUUCAUAUGCAUGUUCUUUGUUAGAGCGGUGAAACCAACUAUUGACAGGGCUGAUAUCAAUUACCUAAAGAUGGCUAUCAUCGCAUUGGGAUAUACUCUGACCAGUUUAGGCUAUGGCUCCUUUUUGGUUUCCCUCUUGGUCCUAGUAGUGGGAGAAGUUGGCAUGCGUCAUCAGGCCACCGUUACGGGAAUGAACUACAUGUUUCGUUCGAUGGGCUCUGUUGGGGGCGUGGGAAUAUCCUUAGGAGUGUACAACCUCAUGCUUCGUAAGGAGUUAUACCAUUACUUUGUUACCAAAGGAAGAGAACAUGGGUUCUCCAUUUACCAUAAGCUUCUAAAAGAUAGUUUCUACAUCAGAAACGGACUGCCUCAGAUUUAUGUACAUAAAGUGCUCAAAUUUUACAGAGAAUCACUAGGAGAUUCCCUCGUGCUGGUUUUCAUCAUGGGGUCGUUGGCCUUGAUAUUAAGCUUACUAAUGAGGUUAUACAAUCCACACAUCGGUAGGCAUUGGACCAUUGUCUAA